GGCCCGGCCCGGCCCGGCAGAGACAUGGUUAACCUCCUUGACUCCACCCCAAUAAUUGGGAAGGCUUUUCCAUUCAACCUAGUUCCCUUCUAACCAUGGCAGAAGUUCGGCUGGAAGAAGGCAAGGCAAAGCAGUGGAGCAAACUGUUCCCUGAGAGAGGUCCACACUGGUGCCAGCCCAAGCGCCAAGCUGUCUUCUGCCUUGUGCUCUUUUGAUGUGGGGAUCACCUUGCACAGUGCAUGAAACAGAUGCAGUGGAUCGUACUUCUCCUGUUACUGUUGUUCAUAAACUCAGUGGAAAUGCUCACCCAAGCCAGGAGGAAGAAACAAGUAAGCCCCACACUGUUUGAGAACUGCACAGGAUGCGUUAUGUGUUCAGAGGACAACGGAUGCAUCUCCUGCCAGCAGAGGCUCUUCUUACUCAUCUGGAGGGAUGGGAUCCGCCAGUACGGAGCCUGCGUCCAUGCCUGCCCGCCAGGGUACUUUGGGGUGCGAGGCCAAGAGGUCAACCGAUGCAUUAAGUGCCGGUCACCCAGCUGUGACAGCUGCUUCAGCAAAGAUUUCUGCAUGAAAUGCAAAGAGCAAUUCUACUUGCACAAAGGCAAAUGCUUCAGCACGUGCCCGCCAGACACGAUGGCCCAGCCCAAUACCCAGGAAUGCCUCAGCAAGCCAGAAAAGUGUGAGAUGGGUCCGUGGGGCCACUGGAGUCCCUGUACCAACCAAGGGCGGACAUGUGGCUGUCGAUGGGGCUCAGCAACACGGAUCCGGGAAGCCAUCAAGAACAGCAAAGAGGAGAUGGAGACAUGCCCGACUCAGUCUGAGUCCAGGAAAUGCCGCAUGAAGAAGCACUGCCCUGGAGAGAAAAAGGGAAACAAAAGGAAAGAGAAGAGGGAAAAGAAACAAAGGAAGAAGAAAAAACUGGAUGCUCUUAUGGUCACCUAAUGGGUUUCAGAGCAAGCGGAAGGUCUUGGGGAGGGUUGGGGAGCAGCACAUGAGGCAGUCCACCAAAAGCUGCUGUGGUGGACCAAGAGACUGCCUCUUAUUGCCUCUGUGAAAUUUCUUUCCCGUUGUUAUGUUUUUUCCUCUGGUUAUUUUCCAUCCAAAUUAUGCUAUUGCAUAAACUUUCUUGCCCUGCUUUCCAGAAUGAGAAAAGAGGGAGCAUUUAUGGCCUGUUGCAUGCAUCCCUCUCCAGAUUUGCACCAUCCCCAGCUAUUCCCCCAUUACAAGAUUUCCUAGUACUGAUUUGUUGGAAGGCUCAUAAGGUUGCACAGAUGAGACAGCACUGGAAGAAAUGCUGCGGCUACACAAUGGAAAUUGCUCAUCCUCUGCAUAGAAAUGGAGCAACGCUCUACAAGUAUUCACACCAAAAUACAGAGAAGAAUGGUAUCCUUCCCUCACCAGGUAUCUGGAUAGAAGAAGACCUUUACAAAGCCACUGACACCAAGGCACCGGGACCUCCGAACUCCAGGAAGGACUGGAAAUUGUAAUGUCUCGUAGGCCUAAGACUAUGUUUCUUCCUUGUGUUGUUAUAUCUUUCUCCAAAGUAACACAGCGGUUAACACUGGCAAGAUUAUACUAGCUGUCAUGGAUUCUCUUUGAGAUGGAUGGACAACUCCUUGGGUUUUCCAAAUGGACCAACCCAACAUUUUAAAGGCAUCCUUCAUCUGGGCAUGGAACCAUGGUCUAAGAGAGCUCAGCACUCCUGAAUGGAAGUGCCUGGGUGGAAUCUAGCAGGUUCCAACCUCUUUACCCACCAAGAACAGGAUGGGGAGACACUAGGGUAGUUGCUAACCAACCAUUCCAUGCCCUCACUCCACCUUCCAAUGGAAUCAAUGAAGGUAGAGACUUCUUGCAGAGAGGCCAAAGUGAAAGUCCAAACCCAUCUCUUGGGGACAACUUGGGUUCUUGAUCUCCGAUGGGGGCAAUUGAGUUCUUUGGUUGGCUUUGAGGAGGUUCAUCCAGAUCUCCUAGUGGGUCACCAGGAUGGAUAAGUCUACUUGCAUCCCAGCAGGUAAGAGGUCCCUGAGGUUCAGCCUGGUCCAGAGUUGGUUUCUUUUGGAAGGAAGUUGCUGGAAGUCUUUUUAAUAUGUUGUGAUGUUUGGUUUAUUUACAUUUGCAUAGAUUGAGCACAGAUUGCUGCUGUUCUGUGCUUUCAAGUCGUUUCCAACUUAUGGAGACUCUAAGACGAACCUAUCAUGGGGGUUUCUGGGGCUGAGAAUAUGGGACUUGUACAUCGUCACCCGGUGGGUUUCCAUAGCUGAGUGGAUAACUGAACCUUGAUCUCUAGAGUUGUUGUCCAGUGCUCAGACCAUUCCAUCACACUGGGUCUGAGCACAGGUUAAGGAAGCAUAAAUGACAUCUAAAAUCCAGGGCUUCCAUCUACAAUGCUCCAUGAUGCUCUUAGCUUUCUACAGCUCCCAAACUCCAUCCUCUGCCUUUCUCUGCCUUAAAGCUGCAAUCUGCCAGUCCAUCUUUUUGUUCCUUCUUACACAAAGACCAUACCCCUGAAAGUGAGAAUAAUCAUGAGUCACACCAGUCCAACAUCUGCCCUGUCUUGGCCAUGUAAUAGAUCACCUAUAUCUGCUAAACAAAGGAGGCGCUGGACUGUAUUAUCAAGGCAAAGUUUUAUUUAAACCCCAAUUUUAGAAUAAAGAGUUGCAAGGGACCUUGACUAUCAGACCAUCCAUUCCACCAUGGAACUUGCAACAAGUACAGAAUCAUGGAACUGGAAGGGAUCCCAAUGGUUAUUUAAUUCAACCCCAUGAUGAUGGUGGUUGUGGUGGAGGAAUAUCUGCAGUUAAAGAUCCUUGACAAAUGGUCAUCCACCCUCAAUUUAAAAACUUUCAGUGAAAGAGAAUCCACUUAAAGGUUAAGGAUGAGUGAACAUGGUGUAGAAUCAAUGGUUCCUAAUCAGCAACAAAGUAACAUUGUAGAGCCUAUUGUUUUGUCUUUAAAGAGCCAGUUAAUAUAACCUUCUAGGCUGCAUGUCUACCACAGAAAUAAUUCAGUCUGAUACAGCUUUAACUGCCAUGACUCAAUGCUAUGGCAUUCUGGGAUUUGUAGUUUUGUAAGCUAUUUCUCUGUCAGAUACCUCUGGCCAUGGCUGUUAAGGGGGUGUCAAACUGCAUUAAUUCUGCAAUGCAGAUGCAGCUCUAGUUGAGCUUUACAUUUCCAUCGUCUUAGUAUUUUCUUUUCCUAUGGGGUUGAUCACAUGGAAGGAAAUUGGAAGUUUAAAUGGGGUUUAUCCCGUGAAAAUCACGCAAUUACUAUUAAAAGCGUGAUUAAGAUUUUCACACACAGCAGCCAUUAUCCUGGGAAUAAUCAGGGAAUAAACAGCAAGAAAGCAUUGUUGGGAUUUUCCCGUGAAUGAUUUAUUUCUAUUUAUUGCCUGGUUAUUCACGGGUUAAUGGCACUUUAAUCACUUUUGAACACGAUGUCAUGUGAAAACCUUUAUCGCAAAUGUACACAAUUGCAUGAUAUUCAUGGGAUAUUCCCGGGAUAAUGGUACUUGAAUCAUAAUGGUAUUUGAAGUGCUCCAUUUUCAUGGGCUAAACCCUGUUUACACUUCCACUUGCCCCUGUGUGAUAAACCACUAUAUCUUAAAAAGAAACAUUGCAUUAGAUCGCAUACACUUAGUAUGAUGGAAUAGGGAAAUAAAACAUGCAACAAGCGAUAUCCAUGAAAAGGGGUGCAUCCCUACCACCUCAGACAUUGCUUUCAGAAUCACAAAGUCUGCAUCUGCACUGCAGAAAUAAUCUGGUGUGACACCACUUUAACUGCCAUGGGCGAAUGCUAUGGAAUUAUGGGAACUGUAGUUUUGUGAGACUUUUAGCCUUCUCUGUCAGAGACCUUGGUGCUCCAACAAACUACCAUUGCCCAGAUUCCAUAACAAUGAACCAUGACAGUUAAAAUGGUGUGAGCCUGGAUUAUUUCUGCAGUGCAGAUGCAGUCUUAGAGAGAAUUUCCAGUCAGAGGUGGCUUUCCUUAUGUGAAGACCCACAACUAUCUGUAGAGACUCUCUCUAUGUAACCCAGAACCUUGGACAUUCUCCUCCUUGCAUACUUAUUGUAUUUAUGUGCAAAAUGCUUGAAUAGGCCUAUGGUAGGCCCAGUCCACCAGAAAGCUGCCUGCCCUGCCUAAAUCCAAUGGAAAUGCUUUUGAAUGAGUCUUUUGCAUGGGACAGUUCCUUAGCGGAUAGCAGACAAUAAAUAUACAGCUGGUUACUUCCAAGCAAACAUGCACUGUGAGUCUACAUGCGUCCUUUUCUUUGGCAAACUGUGUCCAUCCGAUCAGUUUUUGC